CGCACAAAUUGUUCGUGUUAUAAGCGGCUCUGCUGAAAUUGACAUUUGUAAUGAGAUAAAAUAAAAAGAUCCAAUUCAGUAAAGUCAUGGCUGAACAAAAGCCCAUAAAGAUGGGGACGAGAGUUGAGGUAAUUGGGAAGGGAGUGAUAGGAACGGUUGCCUACAUCGGAACAACCAUGUUUUCCACAGGUAAAUGGAUAGGAGUUGUUCUGGAUGAUGCAAAAGGAAAGAAUGAUGGUACAGUUCAAGGCAAGACUUAUUUCACCUGUCCAGAAAAUCAUGGAAUUUUUGUACGUCAGUCUCAGAUUACAGCAAUUGACGAUGGUGGAGCACCGCCUUCUACCCCUGCCACGCCGGCAGCUAAGCCUUCAUCUCUUCCUACACCAACACCCUCGUCAGGUCUGCCAACGCCAUCUCAGCAACAGCAGAGGUCCACGAAAAAAUCGGGAUUAAGACCUCCUAGUUACGCAGGAAAAAUGUUUCAGAAGCAUGCCGGUAGAAAAAGCAGUGAGAAUUUGACAGAGUUAGAAACACCGAAGAGAGCGACCAGCAUUCCAAAAGAUUUGUCUUCGGUCGCAGGUCCGACUCCCAGCAAGUUGACUCAGCUCCAGAGACCGGCAAGUAAGGAAAAACUUGCGGAGAAAACAUCCCCCGCAAAUGAUGCAAAGCCGAAAAAAACACCACCUAAACCAGAACCUGAAGUUUCCAAGGUUGUAUGGGAUAUAGAGGAUCAAAUGUCUGAUGGCUCCGCCCAUAUGUCUAGCUCUGACAAUUCCUCAGACUCUGACAAUGCCUCGGACUCAGAGGAUGGCGGUCUAGUGUUAGAUACUGAUCUAGCCACCAGGAUGAAAGCUUCAGCUACUGACCUCAGCACGUUGGCCUCUAAUAUUGACACUCAGAUGACCAAUCUACAACAACAACAGGAAAUAGAAGGUCUGAAAGCAGAAGUGAAAGAUUUGAAUGAGAAACUUGAUACCCUGAAGAUCAAGAGAGCUGAGGAUAAAGUCAAACUAAAAGAAGGGGAAAAACUCAAGAUUCAACUCCAGCAGUUACAAGAGUAUAAGACGAAGAUGCAGGAGAGUAAUGCAGAUUUACAGAGACAGCUCCAGGCUGCUAAAAAGGAAGCUAGAGAUCAUCUUGACAGUUUUGAACAGUACAAGGAGGAGAUGUCUGAUCUUGCUGAAACUGUUGAGAUUGCUACACUUGAUAAAGAGAUGGCCGAGGAAAAGUGCGAGACGUUGCAGCAAGAAUUAGAACAGUAUAAAGAGAAAUGUGAAGAGCUUCAAGUAGACCUGGAAAUAUUGAAGAAUGAAAUUAGUGAUAAAGGAUCAGAGGGUGUGGCCACUGAUUACACUGUUAAACAGCUGAAUCAGCAGAUUGAUAGAUUAAAGGAAGCUUUAGUUAAGAUGCGUGACUUAUCCAACACUGAGAAACACGAGAAUCAGAAGUUAACCAAGCAGAACGAGGCAAUGACCACGGAGAUCAAACAGCUGAAGAAAGAUAAAGACCGGUUGGCGGCCGACGUUUCAGCACUGAAUGAGCAGGUGAUUGAACUUCAGGAGCAGGUAGAUUGUGCCCUCGGUGCGGAGGAAAUGGUGGAGAAACUGACGGAACAAAACCUGACACUAGAGGAGCAGAUGCAGGAGUUGCAAGAUGAGAAAACUGAUCUGGAAGCGAUGAAUGAAAUGAAUGAAGAACUGCAGGAGAAUGCAAGAGUUACGGAACUUGAAUUACGGGAAGAAGUUGACCUUUCUAAUGCCAAGACUUUAGAGGCUGUUAGAAAAUUGGAGGCCACCCAAGAAUCGAUGUCUGAUUAUGAAAAAACUAUUACCAAGUUCAGAGAUUUAGUCGCCCAGUUACAGGACACUAUCAGAGAGUUAAAGAGCAAGUCCGAGACGGAAACAAAGGCCGAGUCUCCACAGAUCGAGAUGUUUGAUUUCAAGACGAAGUUUGCCGAGUCGAAAGCAUUUGCCAAGACCAUCGAUAUGGAGUUAAGAAAACUGGACGUGACCCAGGCCAACAUGCAUGUGCAGUUGUUACAGUCUUUCAUGGCUGAGUCAUUCCUGAGAAGAGGCAGUGACCAUGAUGCUUUGCUUGUGUUAUUGAUGGUUCCCCGUAUAAUCAGCAAAGCUGAGCUUCUAGCUACCCAGAUCAGAGACAAGUAUGAAAUGAUGACAACUUUUGACCGUGCUACAGUGUUGAAGUCACACAAGGCAGAGCAGUCGAGUUUUGCCAACCACAUGAUCAUGAUGUUAAACCUUCUACAGAGUGUGAUGAGACAGUAUGAAAGUGCUUUGAAGACAUGCAGUGUCGAUCUGUUCUUGAAGGUGGGGACAUUGUUGCCUGAAAUGGCAGCUCAUGAAAAAUCACUGGACUACUUUAUCGAUCUUCUUCGCAAAGAUCAGCUUGAUGAAACAACUUUUGUUGAAUUUUUGGGACAAGCUAUCAACUUCUUCCAGGAAAAAUUUACAACUCACUUGGUUUUUCAGCGCGUCGACUGUAAGUACCGAUUGGGCGGUGACAUAUAGCUUAUUUUGAUUUUUGCACAUUACAUGCAUGUUAAAAUAAUGUAUUGAUUUGUUUUUGAGCAGCCUGGCCAAGAGGGUACGGAAAUUUCUGUGUUGCUACGUGACCUUGAGAAUUAUAACAAUGACACCAGGAUGUGUGCCAGAAAGGUGAAGAGACGUCUGCCACAAGGAGAUUUUGCUAACACGGCAACGCCCUUGAACUUUAGUAAAGAGGUUCAAGAACUGAUACAAGAGACAGGUGGUCAUAUACUAAAGGUAGGGAAGACAUUACAACACCUAGCGGUGGGAGCCAUGCAACAAGCUGCACUUCUUACAGAUGGGACGUUUAAUUUAGACAAGUAUAAAGAUACAGAAUGUUUGAUGCCCAAAAAACUGGAGGAGAUCGCAUACCAGGCUUCGGACAAGGUUUAUGGCAAGGAGGAUACUGGACCCUAUGAGUGUUUGAGGUUAUCAUUUGGAGUGGUAGUUGGAACAAUGAAUAAAACAGCCAAUGCCAUGGAAAAUGGAGAAUAUGACUUUGAUGGUACAGUUGAUAAAAAGCCUGUGCCACCAGUUGUGCUAAGAGCCUCGUCAGUGAAGUCACAGAUUGCAGACAUUGAGUCCAUCAAGUUCAAGAUGGAGUCGAAGGAGGAGCAAAUCAUGGAUCUGAAGAGGCAGUUAAAACUUAAGCAAGAGGAACUUAGUGAGCAACAGGUGCGUAUAGGACUGGUAGAGAAGAAACUAGAGACGGCCUCAAAAGAUGCCGAAGACAAGGUGGACAAUGUACAGAGAAAACUUGAAGAUGCUCAGAAUCUACUGAGGAAGAAAGAGAAGGAGUUUGAACAAACUAUGGAUGCCCUACAAGCUGACAUAGAUACAUUGGAGCAAGAGAAACUAGAACUGAAGGAGAGGCUCAGUGUAUUGUCUAAGAAAACAUUACUUGAAGGACUCACAAGGCAGGCUGGGCAGUCAGCUGCAGCAUCUUCUGGAACUCUGUCACCUAGUAGCAGUUUCUCUGUACAAGAUUCACCAGCACUUCUUGCACAGAUUGAUUCAUUAAAGGAAGCUCUUCAUAAUGUGAAGGGAGAUAAUCUUAGACUGAAGGCAGAUUCUAUGAGGGACCAGAUGGCCAGAUUACCACCGUUACGUGUUCCCAAGAGACAGAUAGGAAAAGCGCGGCAGACAUGCGUUGAACUACCAGAACUGCCAACGGGUGUACCAGGAAAGAUUGAGCUCGGUAGUCUUACCAAACAAACAUCAGACUUACUCAAUACUGUUCAUAAGAUGAGUGCUUGCCCGAAGGUUAUUGACAUCAGUAAGAGGAAGCCUGGAACCGACCCAGUAUCUAUGGUAACCAACCCACAACAACAACUUGUACGCAACACUGCCAACCUAACAGUUCUAGAAAAGAAAACACAAGAGUUACAAGUACAAGUAACAAUGUUAUUAGCUGCAAAUAGAACAGGUGGACAGGUCAGGACAGACUUCUCCGUCUUCCCAACCCCAGAGUUUGCCAGGGUGUUACAUGAGAAGACAAAAGAUAGUAUUCUGGUUGGGCGCGUCAAAGUUCCGGCUACUGGAGGCAAGGGGCAGAUAAUUCCGAUAAAUAUACAACCAAACCAAUUACAAAGUCUUCAUGCUAGGCUAGUCACGUGAUUCAUUGUGCAAUAUAAUUAUAUAGACUUAUAUUACAAAAAUGUACCUUUUUUUUUCUCCUAUUUCAGUACUUGUAUAUAAUUACAGUACUAUUAUUUAACUAAAAUAUUCACUUAAAGAGGUUUUUCUUUUGGUGUCAGUUUCUCUAAUAACAUAAUAUUGAUAGUGGUAUUAUAUAGAUUAUUUUGAAUUUUAAACCUUGUCAAAAUAACAUUCUCUCCUUUUUGGCUAUGUUUUGACCAUAUUUGAAAUAAGUGUAAAUAAUUAUUGUUAUCAAAUUGUUUUGACAUGUUUUUGAAUUAAUUUGAAUUAUAAAACUGUUUGAUUGCAAAAGAUAAGGGCAUUUUUAACCAAAAAUUGAAGACCAUAUAUGAGCCGCGUCACGACAAAACCAACAUAGUGCAUUUUCGACCAGCAUGGAUCCAGACCAGCCUGCGCAUCCGCGCAGUCUGAUCAGGAUCCAUGCUGUUCGCUAUCAGUUACUCUACUUGUAAUCACCCAUUAUGUUGGUUUUGUCAUGGCGCGGCUCAUAUGAAAUUUCCUUGUAGACUCACAUAUUUGUUACCUACAAAACCAUGAUACCAUACUGUGAUAGGUUGAAAAACCUUUAUUCUAGGAACCUUUUUUUUUCUUCAAAUAUUUACAAGGACCUGUUUGUGUGUGAUUUAUGAAAAAAGUGCUUUAUUGUGAUAUAAAGAAACAUCAUUUGGGGAGAAAAAAACCAAAUCUAAACUAAUAAGCUCUAAUUAAUUAUUUGAUAUUUAUGUAUGGAAUUGUUAAAACAUAGUUAACUUCCAGUUAUUAUGUGGAAAUAAAAUCAUUUUAUUAUUACCAUAAUAAAUAAAUGUAUCUUUAAUAAGGACAGGAAGUUUACAAUAUAUUACAUACCCAGAUCGGGAUGAAACCACUUAUCAUUUUAAAAUAAUGUUUCAAAAUAUGUGUUGACUGAAUAGUGACCAGUGCAGACAAUAAUCAGGCAACUCGCAUGUGCGGACUGAUCUUGGUCUGCACCUUUGGUCCGCUAGCCACCUGCUGGCUGAGGGUUAAAGUUUAAGUGAUCAAAAAUGCUGAUGGACCUGUAUACGUUUAACUCUGGUAUGACUGUAUGUUAGUUAAGAGAUUACAUUCAACCUAUUACUAGUAUAUGUAAGUUUAUUUAAGCACCAUUUAAAAAUGUGUUCAUACUUUAUUUAUUCAUCAGCAUUUUAUGUCAAUAAUUGACCUUUACAGUCAAGCAGACCAAAUGUCUCCCAUCUUAGUUCGUUUUAUUUUGUUUUAUAUUUGAGGACAGAUAUCUCAAGGGUUGCAAAACUACUGUAAGUCCUUAUAUAAUUCAUAUAAGUUGCUAUAGUUUUGCAGUCAACCCUUGAUCUCGCAAGUUUCUAUGAACAAUUUUGUGAAACUACAUAUCUGGCCCACUGCAGGUUUCAAAUUUUACUUUUACGGUGCCCAAAACAAAUUUUCAAUAUUUUGCAAGAACUGUUCGAUUUUAAUGUCUUGCAAAUUCUGGUUAAUUUUUUUCGGGUCAAAUAUUGACAUUAUUUAUAUGUAUAGUGAAUUUCUCUUUAAAGGAAUUCUAUAUACUGGUACUUUUGUUUUUGAAGUUAAUCUUAAGCCAUAUUGCUUCUUAGAUUUAAUUAUGCAGUGUAGGGCUUUUCCUUUUACAUCUGUAUAAUCAAUAUCCAGCCUUACAUUUGAUUGGCUUAUCAAAAUUUAAAAUAGACCAAUGAUAGAGCUGCAGUGAUAAUGAACUGGUAUGUAAUUUAUAUACAUGCGCAAUUUGCUUUAUUUUGUUGUGAGUUUUUCAGCAGAUCAGUUUUUGUUUGUGUUAUUGCAACUUAAUGUUUAAAGAUAUUUAUUAAAGCAUAUGUUAGUUAUUUGGUUCCUCUAGUAGUAUCGUGUAAGUCAUGUUUAACAACAAAAUUUGUUUUAAUUAGGUCGGUCAUGAGCUUCUAUUGUUCAAAGGGGAUAUUAGCAUGUGGUGAUAUUUAAUUGGUGAAAGUGCUUUCAAUAUUAAUGGAAACGUUGCUUCUAUGUUGUCCUUAAUAAAGAGUUAAAAAAAUAAUA